AUGGCAUUGGAGGAUUCCAUGCUGGCCCUAACAGUCAAGAUGAAGAAUCUUAGAGCAAUAUCGUUCCUCAGACAUGGUUGGUUCAUCGUUGUCCGUGUUCUGGAAAAGGACCAAAAUGACAUAACGCUGUUGGGGUCAAGGAGCUGUACAGAUGUCGUGUGUUGUUUUAUUUUCAUCGGGGUCAUCCUGGUCUACAUUGUCUUAGGACUUCUGGAAUUGCCUGGGGAUGCAGCCACAGUUCAGAGGACACAUGGAGAAGGGGCCCUUAUGCUCUCACAGGGUAAAGCCUGGAUGGAGUUCUCCUCCCUCAAGCAGCAGCUUGUCUCUGUCUCAGCUGCUUUCAGCAGCCUUUCUAAAGCUAAGAGGAUGAGCCCCUACAUUGAAGGGUGGACGGGCCCCCGUCUGCAGGGACUGCCCACAUUGGUGAAAUCCCAGAACCCCAAGGCCAAUGAGAACGGCAAAAGGAAUGUUGGCUCUGAAAUGGGUCCCAUCCUGCCUUGGUCCCUUACAGCCUGUGUGACCUUGGGCGAGUUAGUGGUCUCCUCCAUAAAGGCAGGAGUGGCCUGGGCCUAUGGGGAUGCCAAGAAAGUGGCCUAUGCUACAGACAGCAAUGGGGAGUUUUGUGGCCAGAAGAACACCCGCAAUGAGAAGAAGACUUUUUUGUUUUAUUUUAACCCUCUGAAGUGUACCAGCUCCAUAGUGCUAACAAAGCUACAGUGCCCAACCAGGCAGCUCUGUGUCUCCAUGUGCCCGGACAGGCUUUUAACCUUCAUAGACGUGCAAAAUAAGCAUCAAACUGAUCAAAACCUCUGGGAAUACUAUCGACAGUACUGCAAGCCUGGCUUUAAUGACCCCUUAAAGCCUGCAUUAGAAGUUUUUCAGAAUGAAGAUUGCCCACCAGUGAUUUUUCCCAGCCAAUCUUUUCUCAAGAGAUGUUUCCCUGACUUGAGUGCUAUCCAUGGCACUGUGGCCCUAAACAAGACAGUGUUCUUUAAUGGAAUCGGAACUUCAAUGAAUAUCACUGACUUCCAGAAAGCUGUUAAUGGUACGAGAACAAUUGGCUUGAAAGUUUUUGAAGAUUUUGUAAAUUCUUGGCAUUGGAUUCUCACCGGGCUAUUCCUUGCAAUGAUCAGUAGCUUUCUGUUCCUGUGGUUCCUGAGAUAUACUGCUGGUGUAAUCUUAUGGUUCAUUCUGUUUGGUAUGGUCAUCAUUAUAGCAUUUGGAAUAUGGAUCUGUUACCGCGAGUAUGAUCGUCUUCAGUCAAAACCAGGGGCCCAAGUCACUUUCUAUGAUGUUGGCUUUCAGUCUGAUUUCCGUGCGUACUUGCAAGUGCCGCAAACCUGGUUAGCGUUUAUGAUCUUGCUGUGCAUUGUGGAAACGUUUGUUCUCCUCACGAUUUUGUUCCUGAGAAAGAGAAUCAGCAUUGCUGUCACCCUGCUGAAGGAAGGGAGCAGGGCCAUUGGACAUAUCCCGCAGUCCUUACUGUACCCUGUAAUCACAUUCUUUCUUAUUUCAAUCUGCAUUUCCUACUGGAUCGUGAUUGCAUUUUUAUUGGCUACAUCAGGAAAAGCUGUAUAUAAAGUCCUGAAUUUUGGGACUAACUGCAAAUAUGCAAAUGAAACAUGUGACCCUAAGACUUUCCAUUCUACCAACAUAAUCAAGGAAUGUCCGGGUGCUGACUGCAUCUUUGCUUUCUAUGGUGGGAAAUCUAUUCUUUACGAGUACGUCUUAAUUUUCCAACUCCUCAAUGCAUUUGUCUUCCUCUGGCUGGUGAAUUUCUCCAUUGCCCUGGGUCAGUGCACCCUUGCAGGUGCCUUUGCCUCUUAUUACUGGGCCUUCCAGAAACCUAAGGACAUUCCCUCACGUCCACUCUGUGCUUCCUUCGGACGUGCCCUCCGAUAUCACACAGGUUCCCUAGCAUUUGGAUCGUUAAUUAUUUCCAUUGUCCAGAUUCUCAGAGUUAUUCUGGAGUACUUGAGCUACAGACUUAAAGGGUCUCAAAAUUCACUUGUUAAGUUCAUUCUCUUCUGCCUCCGAUGCUGUUUUUGGUGUUUGGAAAAAAUGCUCAAGUUUAUAAACAGAAACGCCUACAUAAUGAUCGCAAUAUAUGGAGAAAGCUUCUGCGCUGCAGCCCGAAAUGCUUUCAUGCUUGUGACGAGAAACGUGCUGAGAGUUGCCGUGUUGGACACAGUGACAGAUUUCUUGUUAUGGAUGGGGAAGCUGCUUAUUUCUUUGGGUAUAGGAGUCCUGGGCUUUAUGUUCUUCACGAAAAAACUCCCGCUCACAGCACCAACACUGAAUUAUUACUGGGUGCCUCUGUUGAUGAUAGUUUUGGGGUCUUAUUUCAUCGCCCAUGGCUUCUUCAGUGUCUUUGGAAUGUGUGUCGAUACCCUUUUCCUCUGCUUCUGUGAAGAUCUGGAGAGAAAUGAUGGAAGCAUAGAAAAACCAUACUACAUGUCCCCGAAGCUGCUUCAGAUUCUGGGCAAGAAGCAAGCCAAGGGAGAGGAAUAA